AUGGAAUCGGAACCGUUGAUCGCCGGGCGGGGUCGCGACGAGCAUCUUGGAGCUGAAGAAGCGCUCCUGUCCUCAGAGAUCCUAGAACCGGCCAAGGAGGCACUUCCACUCGCUGAAAUAGCUUCUGGAGUAUAUGCGCUAUUCGUUGCAGGACUGGUAGCCUCCACCUUGGGCGCCAUAUUACCGCAGUUAGAGGAAUAUUAUCAACUCUCCGACAAAGCUAUAUCCAUCAUCUUCCUCUGCCCCCCUGUUGGGUUCUUCCUCGCCGCCUAUUUCAGCCGUUCCCUCCACUUGAAAUGCGGUCGUCGUGUCGCUGUUAUAAUUGCGCCAGUAUGCCAACUGACCUACGCCUUGACUGCCUCCCAGGCACCCCCGUUCCCCGUUCUCCUCGCCUCCCUCGUCGCUGUUGGCUUUUUCGGACUGAUGGAUGGAUCGCUCUACGCCUGGGUCGGAGGGAUGAAGCCCGCCAAGACGGUCAUCGGCCUGCUCCAUGGCGCAUUUUCAAUCGGUGCCGCUUCUGGGCCUUUUCUAGCAAAUGCCAUCACCUCGGCUGCCCAUAGACCGUGGUAUACUUGGUAUUAUGUUCUGACUGCCUUUGUUUUCCUCGAGCUACCAUGCCUAGCGUAUUCGUUUUGGCAACAUGAUGUCGAGUCAUUCCACGUCGAAAACGGGCGAAAGAAUAUUCGAGACGAAGCAGAACCCGAUGAAGAACCGAGUCCUCAAUCCAGUUUUAGCUAUGCUGCCACGUGGAUUGGAAGCGCCUAUGUUUUUGGGUUCAUGGGCGUCGAAUUUACCGUGACAGGAUGGGGCAUCGCAUACAUGAAUAGAGUAAACGAAGGCUCAAAUUUGCUAGGGGGCGCUUGCGUCUCCCUAUUUCAUCUCGGCCUAGCAGCAGGGAAACUCUCUCUGGGAGUAAUGACAAGAUAUGUGCAAGUUCAACUUCUGGUCACAUCUUUUCUUUGCCUGGCUCUUCUUUCUCAAGUUGCCUUUGCAGUUUCAACCAUCCCAGCUGUCUCGGUAGCUCUGAUGGCUUUGUUGGGCUUCCUCCUCGGGCCCUUAUAUCCCUCUGGCAUUAUUAUGAUGACACAGUUGCUCCCAAGGGAAGUGCAGGUUGCGGGCAUUUCCUUUGUCAAUUCCAUGGGCCAGAUUGGUGCAGCGUUCAUGCCAUUUGUCUUCGGUCUUAUUUCGAACCGUUUUGGUAUUGAGAUGUUGGUGUAUUAUGUUUGUUUACAGCUGGCUCUGAUCAUUCCACUUUGGCUCUGGUUCUUUAGACUGCAUUAG